AUGGCAUCUCCUCCUAAUGAAACCACUAUCAACGCGUACUCCGAACUCCCCCACCUCGAACUCAACCCCACAGCCACCCAAACAAUCCUCCUAAUCCACGGAGCCUGUGGCACAGGCAGCAGCUGGGAUCUCGUAACACCCCACCUGCCCAACUACCACAUCCUAGCACCCGACCUCCCGGGCCACGGCAUAGCAAAACACCAUCACUUCUCCAUUCGCGAAGCUGCUGAUGCAUUACACGCUCUAAUCCUCAAUCGCGCGCACAAUGGAGUCGCUUAUGUGGUAGGCUUCAGCCUUGGUGCCCAUGUAGCUAUGCACCUAGUCUCCCACUAUCCACAAAUCGCAACGUGUGUCUUGGUAUCCGGGUUUCAAGUCUUUGGUACCACGGCGUUUUCGGCUUAUUUGCCGUACGCAAUAUGGUUGGAGCAGAGGUUGGAAAACUCCGUUCCGCGGUCGUGGAUACGCUGGGCUAUGGAUGGUGUUGAUUUACCUCGCACAGAUCUCAAAAUGUGUACAGUGGAAUACAAUCGUCAGGUUUUUGCUACAACGGAAGACGCUGAGAAGUGGCCUCAGCGGUGGCCGACAAGGACUCUGGUCAUUGCAGCGGGGAAAGGUGGUUGGGUUCCUUCAGAUGACCGGCCGCAGGAUGCAAUGAGGUUAGCUGCAAUUGGACGCGAGGCAAAUACUGCUACCAGAGCAGUCACACAUCCUGAUAUGAGGCAUCCCUGGAUUUGGCAAGAUCCAAAGUUGUUUGCAGAGACUACUAAGCUGUGGUUUGAGCAGGAGGCUGUUCCGGCUGGUUUCGUACCUCUGGAGUAG